AUGGUAGUUGUUGUGGCGCUACUCCUUCUCCUGGCCACGGUCUUCACUACGGCCGUGUCUUAUUACGCACUCCCAACAAGAAAGAACAAUCUUCAACGCAAAAACCCACCACGGCCACCAUCCCCGCCGAAACUUCCCGUACUUGGAAACCUCCACCAAGUCGGGAAGUUCCCAUACCGAACCUUCGCCAGGUUGGCGAAGCAGUACAACGCCCCUCUCAUGCUGUUCCGCUUCGGCUCCAGGCCGAUCAUGAUCGUCUCGACGUCCGAAGCUGCCCGCGAGGUGAUGAAGGUGCACGACCUCAUCACCUCCGACAAGCCCACAUUCCAAACCGGAAACAGGCUUCUGUACGGUAGCAGGAACAUCGCCAGCACUCUCUACGGGGAGUACUGGCGGCAGGCCAGAAGGCUCUGCGUCCUCCACCUCCUCAGCAGCAGGAAGGUCCGAGCCUGCUGCGAGGUGAGGGAAGAGGAAGUCGGGUUACUGGUCAAUCGGAUUAAGCAGCACCAUCACCACCAGCAUCAGAGAGCGGGUGGUGGUGCGACUGCUGUGAACCUGAGCGAACUCCUUUCCCGCCUCGCCAACGACGUCAUCUGCAGGAUGGCGUUCGGGAGGAAGUAUGACGGCGGAGCUAACGGCGGCUUCAGAGAUCUGAUGGUUGAGUUGAUGUCGGUUUUGGGUGCUUUCAACGUGGGUGAAUUCAUCCCUUGGCUGUCAUGGGUGAACCGGGUCACCGGGUUUGAUGCCCGGGUCGAUCGAGUUGCUCGUCGGUUUGACGAGUUUCUCGAAGGAACCGUCCUGGAGGGCGAGGCCCGUUUAGAGAAAGACGGCAACAAGAGCGCCGAUUCCGCAGGUGUGAUAGGAGAUACUCAAGCACCCUUCAUAGAUAUCUUACUGCACUUUCAAAAGGAUAGCUCUGAAGAGUUCCAGCUCGAAAGAGACGAGGUCAAAGCUAUCAUCAUGGACAUGUUCUUGGGAGGAACCGAUACGACAUCGACCCUUAUGGAAUGGGCUAUGUCCGAACUAGUGAAGCACCCCAGGGUGAUGAAGAAGCUGCAAGAGGAACUGAGGAGCAAAAUAGGCCGGGAAAACGAAACAAUUUGUGAAGCCGACCUGGACAGACUUGACUACUUGGCCCUGGUGAUCAAAGAGACGAUUCGAUUGCACCCUCCGAUCCCGAUGCUGUCUCCGAGGCGAUUGAUGCAAGACACGACAAUGUCGGGGCACGAUGUGUCGGCGGGGACCAUGAUCCUAACAAAUGCCUGGGCAAUCGGAAGGGACCCUGUGGACUGGCCCGAAUCACCGGAAGAGUUCUGGCCCGAGCGGUUUCUCAAUACCAGCGUGGAUUUCAGAGGCCAGGAUUUCCAAUUGAUACCUUUCGGCGCCGGAAGACGAGGCUGCCCUGGAAUUUCGUUUGCUCUCGCGGUGGUGGAGCUUGCGGUGGCUAAUCUGGUGAGGAGCUUCGAUUGGGAGCUGCCGGAUGGAGUUGCAGGGGAGGACUUGGAUAUGUCUGAAUCUGUUGGUAUUACCGCGCAUAGGCGGCUCCCGCUUCUCGCCCUUCCCACCAUUGUGUUUUGA